AUCACCCAUUUCUCACAGUAGCCGCAGUAACUCUUUUGCUCUCACUAUAGCUGCUGAUGAUGAAAGUGUUUGUUCAUUUGGUACAGGCGACAAUCAACAUUCAAAAAGAGGAUCAAUGGCCCAUAGUGACGUAUCUAUGAUAUCUACCUUUCAUUCUUCACCAACAUCAACAGACCAAGAUCAUCCUUUUUAUCAUCACAAUGACGCUACAACAAUCAAUUCAUCUCCAACGUCAUCAUCAUCUUUAUCUACUUCACCUCCUUCUCAACGUACUUUGAAUGUCGCAAGUAUAUCUGGAGCUGCAGAAGCGAAUGCACUAGAUCAAGCAGUAGGUAUUCAUCAAUGCAACAACACAUCUCUGACACCAAAAACGGCACGUUUGAAACGCCCACCCAACGCUUAUUUGUUAUUCAACCGGGAAAUGCGAAGAAAACUAUUGGAUCAAAAUGAACAUCUCACUGUGGCAUUGAUCAGCAAAUUGAUAAGUGAAAGUUGGCGAAAUCUUCCUCAGGUAAGCAUAUAAUAAAUAAUAGUAAAUUUAUCGAUGAUUUAUACAUAUAUAUCAUUAUAGGAAAAGAAAAAUAGUUAUAUCAACGAGGCAGCCAAUUUGAAGAAGAAACACUUGGAAAACUACCCCAAUUAUGUGUAUAGUCGAAGAUCAAGAACUGAAUUGGAACAAGCAGGAUAUCGAUCCCGACCAUCAAAGAAACGAAA